UAGGUCCGAAGAAAUUACAGACCCCUUAGGUUCUGCGAUUCGCACCUGGUCUAUGAGACAACUUUAGAAAGCGCUAACCGCGCACCUCAUGGAUGCCUGGACGGCUUCCGUGGCAUGGUACUUCGUUUGGCUCUCUCUCCUCACAGUGACGGUCUUGGCGCAGUCGUCCGAUGAGUUGCUCCUGGGGCGGGUGGCGGAGAUGGAGGAGCAGCUCAACCUGCAGCUGGUGGAGGGACCGCCUGACGGCACCGCUCAGACCUCGAGAAGUGCCACAGACAAGGCUGCCGCCGCCACUGCCGGCAUGGACACUGCAGCUGCCACACUUCUUCUGCGUCCCACCUUCACAGAAGGGCUGCUGAAAACCUCCUCUCUGCCCCGCGGCAUCUACCGCAACAAGCUGAAUAGCACCUUCCUGGAAUACCACCGAAACGUGCACCAGAAGGAGGUAGAACUGCACUGCAAGGGCGGCACCUGCCCGAGCCUGGACAGCUGUGGCUCGGCGUUCCCGAACGUGCGGGCCUGCUUCUUUCCGAACCUGGUCGAUGAGGAGUACCUGUUUCCGAACCAGCCUGUGAAUUGCCCAAAGCUGUCGAACUUGGAGGAGGUUGGGGCGAAAGGGGCGGAUCCGAGGUGUACCCACCCAGGGGAUAACCUGCGGUUUGAUAAGUUUGUGCCGCAGUAUUUUGAGAUUAAAGACGUGUAUGUGGAUGGUAACGGGGUGCUCUUUAACGAGUCGCUGCAUUUCUUCCGCCACGGGUGCUUCAAGGACAAAGAGUUCGCCUAUCACGCCAACCAGACCUCGGUGCAGCACUACCAUCGCCUCGUGUCGCUGCUGUACCAGCUGGGAGGGGCGUUCUACCACACGCUCAUCGAGGUCGUGCCCCACUUCCUGCUGCUCGCCCCGUUAUUGAAAGACAACCCCGGCAUGCCCAUUGCUGUCAGCCGCAAGCAGGCAACACAGCUAAAGAUGUACGACUCUGUGCUGCACCCCAUCGUGGGCAUCAGCUCGCGGGACUUGAACCUCGUUCUCGUCGAGGAUAGGAAUCAGAAGAUGCUGCUGCAUGCUGACAUGGCGUACCAGCCUGUGUUCCAAGCGUGCGGCAGGGCAGCACCGGGCAUGUGGCGAGAGUUGAGGCGGCGCUACCUCGUGCCCCCCGACGGGCUUCCCAUGUUCUUCCCGGGCUUCGUUCCUCGAAACAAUGGCAGCAGCAGGGGCAACAGCAGCAUUGGCAGCAACAGCACGGCUACCACUGGUGAUUCUAGUGACAGCAGCAGCAGCAGCAGCAGCACUAAUACCACCAGCAGCAGCAACCCCCCUCCAUGGACGGACGAGCAGAUGGCUCGGCUGCCCGCCAGCUGGCUGGCUGUGAUUGCUCGGCGCCACAAGUCCAAGCGGCGCAUCGCUGGCUUCCCGCAAUUGGUGGACGCCAUGAAGCAGAUCUUCCACCCUUCUAGGGUCUACGUGUUCGACGGCAAGCUGAAUCUGACUCAAGCCAAGACAGUGUUCAACAGAGCAGCGGUAUUCGUGGGCCUACACGGAGCAGGCCUAGCCAACAUGGUCUUCAUGCCUCUCAACGCCAGCGUGUUUGAAAUCCGCCCCCGAGGCUACCCUAACCCCUGCUACCACCACCUGGCUGAGGCCACCCAGAUGCACUAUCAUCUGAUCCUAGGCAACGGGUCUAAAGACACCGAGUUAAAGUUCAACCACACGGAAGCCGUUGAUGUGCUGAGGCUGAUUGCCAAUCGCACGCGUGCCCGAAUGUCGGCUGAAAAGUUUGAGUCUAUUAAUCUGCUGCCGCCGCUGGAGGCGGUUGGGGAGGAGGAUUGGGAGGAGGGGGAUGGGAUGGAGGGGGAUGAGGAGGAGGACAGCGGGGGGGGGAAUGGGGAGAUGGCUAUUCCGCUUGAGCUUAUGGCGGAUGUGACUCUAAAGGCGCUGAAUGAGACCGAUGGGGAGGGGGAGAAGGAGGAGGAGGUGGCGAGUUUAGAUGAGAAGACUAUUAAGAAAAUGGAGGGAGAGAGGGUGGUGGAGAGUGGGGAGUUGAGUGAGGAAUUGAAACGGUCAGAGAUGAAACAGGUGCAUGUUAAUUCAGGGGUGGGGCACGACAAGCGAAAGGCGAUUCUCAACUGCACGGGCAGCCGAUGCCCGGAUUUUCCGGGCAGAUGUGAAACGAAUCAUGAAGUCUCUGCCUGCAGGAUGGAUGAGAUUUCGGAUGAGGGCUUCGCCCGCCCGGCAAUCCCUAUAAACUGCCCUAAAAAAGAGAAUUUGACGACAGUGGGGCCGGAGGGGAUGGAUGAGAGCUGCUCUCACAAAUCGGAUUUCGGGUGGUACGAGCCGGGUACAUUCCAGAUUUACCUUCUGCGGGGAGUGUAUAUCGACCACGAGGGGCAUGUGUUCAACAAAACGACCCAUUUCAACCGGGAGGGGUGCAACAACGAUGCGCCGUUUGGGUACAAGAAGGGAGCGAAGGUCCACAAGAUGAAGAGGGUUGUGAACCUGGUGUACUACCAGGGCCGCAACUUCUACCACGGACUCAUCGAGUGGACGCCCCAGCUGUUCCUCCUCAGCUCGCUCCUGGCAGCCAACCCCACCAUCCCUCUUCUGGCCAUAUCCGACCAGUGGGACUUUUACGAGACUAUCUCGAAGCCCAUCAUAGGCCUGGAGCAGUUUGCUAUGAACCGACUCAAUAUAAGCCGCGGAGAGCUGUUCUAUGCGGAUGAGGUGUACCUGCCCUUAUACCAGGCAUGUGGCAAGGCCAGCCCGUCUCUCUGGUCGCUCCUCCGCUCCCACUUCCUCCUCGCCCCCCAAGGCCUCCCCAUCUUUCCGCCCACCAGCUGGAUCCAACGGCCAGGAUUGGCUGAUCCGGUGAAUCAGACUGAGGCGGCCACGGUGCCGCCUGAUUGGACAGUGCUGCUCGUACGACGGCCAGGUGUCAAGCGCUCAUUGGACCGCUGGGAUGAGCUGUAUGAGUCGGCCGUGACGGUGUUUUCAUUGAAUCGGGUUCACGUGCUGAACGGCUCCGUGCCCAUGCUGAAAGCUCGUUCACUGUUCCGCAGAGCGAGGCUGCUUAUAGCGGGUCACGGGGCAGCAAUGGCAAACAUGAUUUUCAUGCGGCCAAACAUGACCGUCUUGGAGAUCCGACCCGAUCAGAGUAACAACGCGUGUUACCACCACCUAGCACAUGCGUGUGGGCUCCGGUACUAUCUUACAUUUGGGCAGGGGGAUGGGGAGAGUAUAGUGAAGAUCGAUGUGGGUAAGAUAACUGGGGUGCUGAAGGAUAUUGCCAAGACGUUUCCCCCUUUGCCUGGGGAUGAGCACCCAGACGAUGUUUCUAUAUUUGGGGAUGGCUAAAGCUUGCACAUCUUAUUUUUACACAUUGUCAACACUGUUUGCUGGCAAUUCAGAUUCGUUGUUUUCCAGGGUUUA